CCCACGCUGUCUCGCCGCUCCUUCCGGCCCUGGGCUCUGCUCGGCUCCGCUCGGCUCUCGGCUGCCGCGCUCGCUUCUCCUUCGGCUGUUUCCGGAGCCGCAAGCAGCUAGCUGCGGAGGAGCUCCCCGCGCGGGCUGCAGAUGUCCGACCGGCAGGCGGCUGAGGGGCCGGCCUUCUGGAGCCCCGCGGCUCUUCGAGGGUCGGCGGGCGGCGUCGGGGACCGACAGGGAGUGGAGGGGAAUCAGGCGGCCGUCUCAGAGAAAGAAGAUCUGGAAAACACCAAGGCCAGCUCUCCACUGGCUUCCGCCUCUGAUCCAGAGCCCCAGCCCUCACCCUACAGGCCACAGAUGGUAUCUCCAGUGAGUAAGGAUACCACGGAAGAUCUACAGAAAGCAGCUGGUGCAUCAGAGGGCCAGGCUCCCGGCGAGCAGGAGUUGCUGCCAGCACGCCAGGCUCAGGUGCACAGUGAGAUGGCCAAGUACCAAGCUCCACAACGGCCGGGAGACAUGGUUAUGAUCCAGUCUGAGCACACUGGAGCUAUAGAUGUCCUGUCAGCGGAUUUGGAAUCUGCAGAUCUUCUCGGGGACCACAGGAAAGUCUCUCCGCCUCUGAUGGCUCCUCCAUGCAUCUGGACCUUUGCCAAAGUGAAGGAAUUCAAAAGCAAGCUGGGCAAAGAGAAGAACAGCCGCCUGGUGGUGAAGCGGGGUGAAGUAGUCACUAUCCGGGUCCCCACCCAUCCUGAGGGAAAGCGCGUCUGCUGGGAAUUCGCAACGGAUGACUAUGAUAUUGGUUUUGGAGUUUAUUUUGACUGGACCCCAGUGACCAGCACUGAUAUAACCGUGCAGGUCAGUGAUUCUAGCGAGGAUGAGGAUGAUGAAGAGGAAGAGGAGGAGGAGCUAGAAGAACCUGUCCCUGUGGGGGAUGUGGAGAGAGGCUCCAGAAGUUCUCUACGGGGUCGCUAUGGGGAGGUCAUGCCUGUGUACCGGAGGGACAGCCACCGAGAUGUGCAAGCUGGCAGCCAUGACUACCCUGGGGAGGGCAUCUACUUGCUCAAGUUCGACAACUCGUACUCCCUGCUCCGCAACAAGACUCUGUACUUCCACAUCUACUACACUAGCUGAAGGAUGCUAGGCUGGGGCAGGCCGUGUUUGCUGGCUAAAGCGGGCUGCCAGCUGGUGCCUCUUGUCUGUGAGCAAGGGCCUAAAGUUCUGUGUGAGGCCCCUAAGCCUCGUGCCCUGCCUGGCAUGCCUGACUAUUGACCCCAUGUAGCUUUUCCCCUUUCUUGGCUUCUGCAGGUGGUGGUGUAGUGCUCCUGUCCUGUGGUCCCUGACUCACACUCUUGUUGUUUCAGACUCCAGCAAAAACCCUCUCAGAAGGCCGCUAUGAGGCAAAAGCCUAAAAUGAAGUAGAGGAUGUCUUUUAUUGAUUCAUGCUGGUAGAGCUUGUCAUUCGGGUUGCCGCUCACUCUUCUCCCGAGCCUGUAAUGCUGAUGCUCUUAGCAGCGCCUACCCUCUUCCAUUUCCAGGUGCCAGAAGAGGGAAAAGCACAUUGUCUGUGAAAGAGCCCAAUACUUUGGAUGGAGAAUGCUCCAUCCAGCCUCUCAGCACUGCCAUAUUCCUGCCUGCUGGGUAUUCUGUCUCUAGCUCAGGCUGGGAGCCCUCACUGCCUUGGAUGGAUAUUAUUAUCCCUGAUGAGUAGACCUUCCUCCUUUCUCUGUAUCAAGUCUCUGUUUCUGCCAUGUAGCAAGAACUUCCAAGCAAUGGCAAGCUGUGAUCAGUGUCCUAAGAUCUACUGGGACAAAAGUGGCCUCCAUUACUUCCUGUCUCCAGAGCUGUCUCCCUUACUAAGGGUGCUGGGAGUUGAUGAAGAAAGGGUAGAGGUAGCCACUGAAUUAUCUCAGAAGCUGCCCAUUUGGAAGUCAGUACCAUUCGUCAUCCCCAGGUGCGCCUCCUACCCCCUUUUAGGCCAGGGGUAUUACAUAGAACAUUUGCUUUGGAACCAAAUACAGUGAAACCCAGUCAGCUGUGCAGUGA